AACGAUUAUUUAAUUUAUCCCCAAUCUUUCUGGAGAUAUUUUUAAUUUGCAUAAUGAGCGUAUUAAUUGAAACUUCAGUCGGUGAUAUGGUUAUAGAUCUUCACACAAAACUAUGUCCAAAUACAAGUUUAAACUUUCUAAAGUUGUGUAAAAUUAAAUAUUAUAAUUUUUGUUGUUUUCAUAAUGUUCAAAAAGAUUUUAUGGUACAAACAGGAGAUCCAACAGCGACUGGUAAAGGAGGAGAAUCAAUAUUUGGUAUUUUACAUGGACCUACAGAAAGAUAUUUUCCAGCAGAAAUAAGAUCAAAAUUAAAACAUAAAAAAAUGGGUACGGUUUCGAUGGCAGUAGCAAGCGACGGAGCAGAAGGCAAAGGAGUUAGUGGGUCACAAUUUUUUAUUACAACCGGAGAAAAUUUAGAUUAUUUAGAUGGUAAAUAUACAGUAUUUGGAGAAGUGGCAGAAGGAUUCGAUACUUUAGAAAAAAUCAAUAGUGCAUAUUGUGAUGAGAGUGGAAGGCCAUAUAAGGAUAUUAGGAUUAAACAUACUUACAUACUUGACGAUCCAUUUAAUGAUCCCGAAGGUCUUCAAGUACCUGAUAAAAGCCCUUCACCAACACGUGAAAUGUUAGAAACUGUAAGGAUAGGAGAAGAUGAAAGCAUUGAGCCCGAGUUACCACCUGAAGAAAUGGAAAAAAUAAAGAGACAAAGAGAAGCACAAGCACAAGCAUUAACAUUAGAAAUGAUUGGUGAUUUGCCUUUUGCUGAGGUUAAGCCACCUGAAAAUGUUUUAUUUGUAUGCAAAUUAAAUCAAGUAACAAGAGAUGAAGAUUUAGAAUUAAUUUUUUCAAGAUUUGGUACUAUUAAUAGUUGUGAAAUUAUACGCGAUAAAAAAUCCGGAGAUUCUUUAGGUUAUGCUUUUAUCGAAUUUGAAAACAAGGAAGACUGUGAAACCGCAUAUUUCAAAAUGAACAAUGUUUUAAUUGAUGACAGACGAAUUAAAGUAGAUUUCUCUCAAUCCGUUUCAAAACUUCAUAAAGAUUGGUUAAGUUCCAAAAUGAAAAAACAUGAUGGUGAGGGUUAUGGAGGAUCUACGAGUUUGGAGAAACGUACGAAAUAUCGAGCUGGAGACGUCAAACCUACUGAUAAAUAUGAUCUUGUAUUUGAUCAUACGGACAAUUAUAACGACGAAAAACAAAAAGUUAAGAAAGAAGAUAAAUAUUCUUCAAUCUCUUAUCGGGAAAAGGAAAGAGAUCGUGAUCGUGAUCGUGAAAAUAGAGAUAGGGAAAGAGAUAGGGAAACGGAUAAAGGUGUAAGAGGACGGAAUAGUUACUCUAAUGGUAAAGAUCAUUCAAGGAGGAGAUCCCGAUCUGCAAGUCCACCAUCUAGGAGGAGAUCAGAUAGAGACAAGUAUGAUAGGAGAGACAAUAGGGAAAGGGAUCGUGGUCGUUACCGAUCUAGGUCAAGAUCACGUUCUCGAGAUAGAAGAAGAGAUAGGAAAUAAUUGAAUCUAAUAAAAGAACAAUCGUAUUUGAUAUUCUUUUAUGAGCAAAUUUUAUCAUAAAUGCAUAGACAGCGCAGAAAAUUUAAAUAGAAAAUUUUUUAUUAAAUUAUAAUCAUAGAAGUAUUACUGAACUUUCUAAGUUCGGUACACAAUUGCGAGCAUUCAUUUCAUUUUUAGGAAGCGAAGACAAAAAAUAAUAAAAUGACGAAUAAAAUUAUUUUGUUUACAAAGAAACGCAAAAUUUUCUCAAGACAAAAUACCUUAGGUUCUAAGAUUUCAAAGAUUGAUAAUAUGAGAAAGUUUAUUUAUUUAACUUUAUUAACAAUAGGCUCCCUUAUUUUAUAUCUUUUCCAUACCUAUUUUUUAACUUCAUCAAUAAUAGGCUCCCUUAUUUUAUAU